AUGCAUACUCUACCUACCGUUCUGACGGCCAAUGCGUCGUACCAGUAUGGAGUGGAAACAGGACUACUACACGGCGGCACUCUGGAGACCUCGUCUAUAGGCCACCCUACUCUCAGCACACGCGCCAGCUUAGGCACAAGAGGCACAUCAAGUG